AGCCGAUCGUCGUUAGCUUACUCGACAAGCACUUUCCGCCUGGGAGAAAAACUCUGCGGGCACGAUUGAUCGAACUCUGUGGUUCGGAGUUCCAACGACUGAAACAAGAUCUGCCGGAAUCCGGUAAUACAGUUGACUCGUUCGAGUUUUCUUCACCACCGUAACAUGGCGGAUCCAGCGUACUCUGCCCUCAGAAAAAUACUACUGGACGAGAUCACGCCGGCGGUCAUGGUUCUCCCUACGCCACUAGUAGAAGAACGAUGCCAAAAAAAUGGACUCUCAUUUGUCCAAAUGCUCACUCCGUUUUGCGUAUUCAACAAUAUUGAUGUCCCUGUUCGUACAGCUAGUGAUCAACCCUACAGGCUACAGAAGUUCAAAUUGCGAAUGUUCUAUGCAUCAGAUGUUAGGCAACAAAAUGUUGAGGUGACAAAGGAGCGGUUAAAACAGGUUAUUACUGAUGCAGGAAACAACAAGGAUUCAGACUUGUACUUAGAUCCAUCACCUAUAGAAACUAUACCCAUCUCUUCUCAACCUGAUUUUAUACCAACAUGGUUCCAAUUUUUCAAUAAAGAACUUGUACGCAGUGUAUCCUUUUCAGAUCAUGAAGCCUUUGAUCAUCCUGUUGCAUGCCUUUUGGUUGUUUCUUCAAAUGACAAGGAUCCUAUCAACAAAUUUGUGGAACUUUUUAACAUGAACCAAUUACCUCCCCUUCUUAAUGAUGGUGCAAUGGAUCCAAAGAUUCCAAAAGUUUUUGUUUUGGUCCAUGAUAACCAGGAUGGAUCACCAGAAAGAGCAACUAAGAUAUUGGCAGAAAUGAGAAACACAUUUGGAGCAAAUGAUUGUCGUUUGCUUUGUAUCAACUCCUUGCAAGGUGAAGCACUUGAUCAUGAACCAAAUCCAUGGGAAUUUUAUAUGCCUAAUGCUUCUCCUGAUCAGCAUCUUGGUCGUUUACUCAACAAAGAGGAUGUGGAUGAGUUGAAGGAUUUUGUUCGUGAUCUAUCAUCCAAAGAUAUUAUUCCUAACAUGGAGCAAAGAAUACGUGUUCUAAAUCAGCAGGUUUCUGCAACAAGAAAAGGUUUCAGAAACCAAAUAAAGAACUUAUGGUGGAGAAAAGGAAAAGAAGAUGCCCCUGAGAAUCAAAGUGUUAACAUGUACACUUUCAGCUCUAUUGAAUCUCAAAUAAGGGUAUUGGGUGAUUAUGCCUUCAUGUUACGAGAUUAUGAACUUGCUUUAUCAAAUUAUCGCCUUCUAUCCACUGAUUACAAGCUUGACAAAGCAUGGAAACGAUAUGCAGGUGUACAGGAAAUGAUGGGAUUAACAUACUUCAUGUUGAAUCAAUCAAAAAAAGAUGCUGAAUAUUGCAUGGAAAACGCCUUCACCACUUAUUUAAGAAUUGGAACAUCAGGGAAGGGAAAUGCCACACGUUGUGGUCUUUGGUGGGUUGAAAUGUUGAAGGCAAGUGGUCAAUAUAAAGAGGCUGCUGGCGUUUACUUUCGUAUCUCUGGUGAGGAACCUCUUCAUUCAGCUGUGAUGCUUGAACAAGCAUCUUACUGCUACCUUUUAGCCAAACCAAUUAUGUUAAGAAAGUAUGGAUUUCAUCUCAUUCUUUCUGGUGAUCUUUACAAGAAAUGUGAUCAGAUAAAACAUGCAAUUCGUGCAUACAGAAAUGCUCUUUCUGUUUUCAAAGGAACAACAUGGAGUCAUAUUCGGGAUCAUGUCCAUUUUCAUAUAGGACAGUGGUAUGCUUUUCUUGGAAGGUUUGAUGUGGCGAUGAAACAUAUGUUGGAAAUUGUGGCUUGUAGUCAUCAAUCAAAGCCAAUGCAAGAGUUAUUUAUGAAAAACUUUUUCCAGAUUCUACAGAAAACUGGCAAAACAUAUAAAAUUUCACGACUUCAGUUGCCGAUUGUGAAUAUAAAUUCACUGAAUAUUGUUUCUGAAGAUCAUCGCACUUAUGGAUCACCUGCUGCUGUGAGUGUUAAAGAAAGUAUUUGGCAAUCUUUGGAAGAAGAAAUGGUUCCAUCAUUAACUAAUGCUAAAACGACAUGGUUGGAUUUACAAUCAAAGCUUCUCCCAAAUAAACUCAAACAAUCAAAUGUCUGUGUUGCAGGAGAAGCACUUAUGGUGGAAAUUGCCUUCAAAAACCCUCUCCAACUCUCUAUUCCCAUUUACAGUGUUACCCUAAUGUGUGAAUAUUCACCAAACGAGAUAAUACCUGAUGCAAACAACUCAUUUGUAGAUCAAAGUAUUGAAGACGAAAAAACAACCUCAGACGCAUCUCUUUUUACGUUAUCCGAGGUCGAUAUAACAUUGACAGGUGGCGAAACCACACUGGCUCAACUAAGUGUUACACCUAUAAAAGAAGGCCGGUUAAAAGUAACUGGUGUGAGCUGGAAGUUAUCUGAUUCAAUGGUUGGAUUUUAUGCCUUUGAACCGGAUUUAAUAAAAAAAAGAAUUUCUAAAGGAAGAAGGAAAGCUAAACAGAAUACAAAUAAACUUGAGUUUUUGGUUAUCAAGAGUCUACCCAGACUUGAGGGUAUUAUUAAUAACCUCCCAAGUACAGUUUAUACUGGAAAUUUGCAACGUCUUUCACUCGAACUAAGAAACUCUUCAGAGAUUCCUGUGAAGAAUCUAAAGAUGAAGAUCAGUCAUCCCAGGUUUCUAAACAUAGGAAACCCUGAAAAAUCAGAUGUGAACUUUCCCUCUUGUUUGGAGAAAGAAAAAACACCUUCACAAAAAGACGCAGAUCUCGACACCACUAAGAAAUCCGAUACCAUAUUCCAUUUCCCUGAGGAUACAAUAAUUCACAAGGAAACUCCCUUUGUUCUACCUCUUUGGUUUCGAGCAGCAACUCCUGGAAACGUGUCUUUAUAUCUGACAAUAUAUUACGAAGUUGAAGACAAAUCUACUGCCAUGCGAUAUCGCACUUUGCGUACACAUCAUAUUUUGGAGGUUUUACCAUCUUUGGAUGUGUCAUUCAAUAUCAGCCCAUGUCCAUCAAGAUUACAAGAAUAUAUUGUCCAAAUGGAUGUUAUCAACAAAGGCUUAAAAAGUCUAAAGCUUCGUCAAUUAUCAUCCGUUGGAUCUGAAUGGCAAAUCUCCUUGAUCGAAUCCAUUCAAGACAUCAUUCCUUCCGGAAAUUUAGCUUCCGGUCAAUCUCUUUCUUGCUUUCUUAAACUCAAGAAUGCGAAAACAACAGAAACCGCUACAGAUGUCUGGUUAGGCCGCAUCGGCAAUGAAGCCGUAUUCGACACACAGCGAGCACCACUCGUCAAUUUCCACCAUUACGAACAACUCCAUCAAAAAACAUCACACAAGGAACAGGAACACCAAAGCACAGUUGACUUCAUGUUGAUCUCCGAGAUGGAAGAAACCGAAACCGAAAACAAACCUCCACAAAUCUUUUCACAUCAUGCUUGUCAUUGCAGUGUGGCAACGAAGAGACCGAUAUGGUGGCUAUUGGAAGGGCCACGGAUUAUUCAUUAUAACUUGGCGAAUUCCUUGUGCGAAACGAAACUCAAAAUGACGCUUCACAAUUCUUCAACUUUUUCGGCUUCCGUUCGUAUCAAUACCUUCGAUUCUCCUCCCGGAAGCAGCUCAUCUGGUAACAAAGUCGGCUGGCAUGAUAUGACUAGUCCGCCGAUUGAAAUUAGGGUUCCGCCGCCGGAAUCGGGGAAAGUGGUGGUGCUAGAGUCGGUGCCGCCUUUCAUUUGGACGGGGUUGAGUACAACUCAUGUUAAACUGGAACCGAAUUCGACGACUGAGAUCGGUUUACUGGUCACAACGUUUGCUCCGGGGACUUAUGAUCUAUCGAAUUACACGUUGCAUUGGAAUCUUGUGGGGUGUGAUGACGUGAGGGAGAAGGAAGGGGUGUGUGGAGGGCACCCGUUUUAUUUGACCAUAUUGCGAGAGGAGUGACCGUUUCUAUUUUUCUUUUCAUUAAAAUGUUUUUUGUGUACUAAUGAUCAGUUGUAAAAUUUGUUGUUCUAAAUGUGUUUAUAGAAACAAGAUAGAAAAAGGUCGAUUUGAAUGGAAGGAAGGAAUCAGAUGAGAUUAUUUUUUUUAUUACGAGUUAAUAAGAACAAUGGAAUGUUUCUAGUGUUGGAGCUUCAA